AUGAAUCUAUCAGGAGGAGGAACAGGAACUUUACAUACAUUAACAGGAUUGGCACCAUCUCAUCAAUAUCUUCCAGUAAAACGGAUGCAUAGUACACCACCUUCAUCAUCAUCAUUAUCAAUGAUCGAUUUACGUGAAUUAACAAAUACACUUCAAGAAUUAAAUAAUAAUUUUAAACGAAAUAUUAAUAUUCUUACAGAAAUAAAAGAUUAUAUGAUUAAAGUAUGCGAAAAACAAGAUACAAGACCAGUUGACGACAAUUCAGGUAUACAUAAACUCGACAGGAAUCCAUUUAAUAAUAAUUAUUUAUGA